GAAUAUCAUGUGUGUCCUAAAGGAAGUAAGUUGAUUUGAACAUAAAACGCAUGGGAAACUGGAAGAUGAGAUGAGGGAUUUCCGAGCACAAAUAAAGAGAGAUUAAAAAAAUAUUUUAAAGACGUAGGAGGUCUUUGAGGAGGGGGGAGGCUGGAAAUUUCUCCUGUUGUGCAGGACAGACUGGGACGGCUUCCUGCCGCCUAUUGCUCCACUUUUUUUCUACAACUUUACAAGUACAGUUUUCAGCGAGGACGAACUAUUUAGUCACGAAGCAGUGACUCUGUAAACUGGGACACAGGAUUAAUGCUGAGUCGAGGGGAAGAACUAGAAAAAAGAUGUUCGUGUAGCUUCAAGGAAAGAAGACGGAAGCAGCUUUACAAAAAGAUGUUUCGGAAAAAAGCAUCUUCAUCCUUGAGAGUGACAAGGAUAACGGGAAGCUCAACAUACAGGGGGCGUAGUUUGUCCUUCCAUGAAGUUCGUUGCCAGCGUGAGAUGGAGAUGAGGGCCGGAACCGAAGAGCCAUCAAAUAGCAGUGUAUCAGGUGGUGGCAGUACAGUCCUGCAGCGGCUCCUUCAGGAGCAGAUGAAUCGAAACUAUGUGCUGCAACAACAGCAACAGUCUGGAGGAGGGGGGGUUGGAGUAGCAACAGGAGGUGGAGGUGGCUAUUCAGUACAUGGACAGGUAAGCCCCUCUGAUGAUCAUUCUGUAAGCGCUCACAUUGCAAGGCAAGAGCCCCAGGGACAGGAGCUUCAGACGGACAGUGGCCUGGAGAAGGUUGGUGUCAUCAGAGUUGGUGGGCAUGGUGGGGGCAGUGGAGGUGGGGGAUGUGUGGGCUCUUGUGGAGAAGCAUCCAGUGUCGGGGGCAGUGGAGUUGGUGGCAUCACCCAAGGACAGUGCCCUAACCUAGAAGAUCUCCCUACAUACGAGGAAGCCAAAGUACAGUCACAGUACUUCCGCGGCCAUGGUUCUCCUCCUCAGGCUCAGCAGCAGCAGAACAGCCAGGCCCAGCAGCCUUCACUGCCUGCCUCGUUAGGUGCUGCUUUCUACGUUACUGGCCUUACCAGUACCAAAGUUCGCACUGAGGGUCGCCCAACACUACAGCGUGUCAGUGGUACCGGGAAGGUGCACCAAGAUGAUGGACUAAAAGAUCUAAAGCAAGGACACGUCAGGUCUCUCAGUGAACGACUUAUGCAACUUUCUUUAGCCACCAGUGGUGUGAAAGCCCAUGCUCCUGUAAGCAGCACCCCUCUUUCCCCACAACUACCCCCAUCAUGCCAGCCUGGAGACUACUACAAGCCACAGCAUCGAGGCCCACCACCAGACUAUCCUUUUAAAGGAAUAUGUUCUCCUGGCAGUCAUCCGGAAUCUGGAGGCCACUUUUAUCAGGAGCCAAGAGUAAGGGAUCACUCCAGGGAGGUUCCAACUGUUCGAUAUCAGCCCCCUCCUGAAUAUGGCUCUUUCAGAACCACUAAGGACGUCUCAGUUCACUACCAGAGGCCCCUCAACCAGCACAGUCCCAGCUCCUCUGUGACCUCUGUUGGAUCUUUGUCUCGUGCACAAUCCUCUACUCUGAGCAGCAUGCUCUCUGCCGCCUCUCACUCCUCUCAUCCAUCAAUUCCUCACCAGCCACCUCCAAGCCAAGGAGAGCCAUACCCAAUUAUGGGACCCCGUGUUCCACAUGGUCCAGGCUCCCAUCAAGUGGCAGAGCCUUUCCCCCCAGGACCUGUUCAUCACACAACGCAGAGGGGCCAUGCUUUUCUUUCUGAUUCUUAUGGCUCCACUCCAAGGUUGCAUCAUCAUCAGCAACACAAUCAAUGUCAACAACAGCAGCAACUCCAGGGUCCUUCCCAUCCCCAGCUGUCUAUGCAGGCAGGACAUGUUCCCCAGCAGCAGUCCUUCAUACAGCUACAGGGAGAACCUUUUGCAAUGAUGGCCCGUGCCCAGCAGAUGGUGGAUGUGAUGACUGAGGAGAACAGAAUUCUAAGACAGGAGAUGGAGGCUUGUCGUGAGAAGGUCACCAGGUUACACAAGUUGGAAACAGAGAUACAGCUAGUGUCAGAGGCCUAUGAAAACCUUGCCAAGUCUUCCUCUAAGAGAGAAGCGUUGGAGAAAACUAUGAGGAGCAAGUUGGAGCUACAGGUGCGCCGACUCCAUGACUUCAACAGAGACCUGCGAGAGCGCAUGGAGACUGCUAAUAAACAGCUCGCCUCUAAAGAGUGUGAUAGCUCUGAAGACAAUCGGAAAACCAUCUCCCAGCUGGUUGCUCAGAAAAAAGAAAUUCUGCGGGAGAAGGAAAAGCUGGAGAUGGAGCUGAAUGCACUGCGCUCAACUGCAGAUGACCAAAGGAGACACAUUGAGAUCAGAGACCAAGCACUGAACAAUGCCCAGGCAAAAGUGGUUAAACUGGAGGAGGAGCUUAAAAAAAAACAAGUUUAUGUGGAGAAAGUGGAAAGGAUGCAACAGGCUCUGGCCCAGCUCCAGGCAGCAUGUGAAAAGAGAGAACAACUAGAACACCGUCUUCGUACAAGACUGGAAAGAGAGCUGGAGUCUUUACGUCUGCAGCAGCGUCAAGGAACCUCACAGAGCAGUGGCUUGGUGACAUCAGAGUACAAUGCCACAGCCCUAAUGGAGCACCUAAGAGAGAAGGAGGAACGCAUUCUGGCUCUGGAGGCUGACAUGACUAAAUGGGAGCAAAAGUAUUUAGAGGAAAGUGUAAUGAGGCAGUUUGCCCUGGAUGCUGCCGCGUCUGUUGCUAUGCAGAGGGAUACGUCUGCAGCAGGGAUAAACCAUUCUCCGAGCAACAGCUAUGAUACUUCUGUUGAAGCUCGAAUUCAGAAGGAAGAAGAAGAGAUCCUAAUGGCCAAUCGUCGCUGUCUCGAUAUGGAGAGCAGGAUAAAGAAUCUUCAUGCCCAGAUCAUUGAGAAAGAUGCCAUGAUAAAGGUUCUUCAUCAGCGCUCUAAGAAGGAACCCAUGAAGUCUGAUGCACCGUCUGCCAUGCGUCCUUCUAAAUCCUUGAUGUCCAUCUCCAACACUGGUCCAAGUGGUUCAGGACUGCUUUCGCACAGCCUUGGGCUUAGCAGCUCACCAAUCACUGAGGAGCGCAAGGAUGCCAGCUGGAAGGGAAGCCUCGGAGUCCUGCUGGGUCCAGAGUGUCGCACAGAGUCUCUGCGGACAGAAUCCAUCUCGUCAUCCCCUUCCCCGGUACUUUCUACCACCCCGAUGACUACAGGUCACUCAAAGACGGGCAGCCGGGACAGCUGCACACAGACUGACAAGGGUCAAAGCCAAGAAGCCAGCAAGCCCAGCCCUUCAGUCCUCCAGAGUAUGACCCUGCCUGCCCGCCUAUCAAGCCCCAGCCCAGUCUACAUCCCAGAUCGCUUAGCAGAAGUUCCAGUGUUUCACAGCAGCACCUUUGAACGGAGGUUCCUUGUGCAGCCCCAUUCACAGCAACAAGCUCUCUCUUCAGCUCCAGCAGUCCAACAAGAGGUAGACACAGACAUCGUUGAGAUCCUCAUAUAAAACCAUAACUUCAAGAAAAGAAAAGUAUAUGUGUAAGUGAUUGAAUGGCAGCUUCAUCACAAGAACUCUCUUAAUCAUCCUGCACAGUCAGAGCUACAUCUUUGUCCUGAGACAUUUUGAUUUAUCUUUUCAUCCUGUAUCCUUUCAUUCUAUAAGCUUAGCCUGACUGAAGAAAGAACAAGAUUACAAGGGGUACAACUCUGCAUCAGAAAUGGGCCUGAAGCAAUUUCAGAGGUUAUUAUAUUUUUUCCACUGGUUUUUGUUGUAAUGUAUUCUUGAAAGUAGUAGGGAAUUAAAUAUACAUUUUGUCUUAAAAAAUGUACAUAGUUAGACAAUCCUGAGCAGCAAAGUCCCCUCCAAAUUCAUUCGUUUCAUUUGGGAUUUCUGUAUCGAAGUUAAAGUGUUCUAUUUGUUAAACACUUUUGUGUUUAAUAAGUAGUUGUUGUGUUUAAUUAUUAGUAUAGUGACUGUAUUACUAACUGUAGUACCAAAUGUUUUUGGCACAUCUAACACACUUUGUAAAGUUUUCCAACAAACACCACUGGUUUUUGUUCAGCUUUCUGAAAAGAUUUAAGAUAGCCAUGAAAGAGCAUAGCUUUUUCAAGGUAAAGUAACCAUUUCAAAUAUUAAGAGAUUUAUUCAGACUAAUCGCAUUGGACCAAUUGUAUAUAGUGUUGUUUGCAUUAUUUAUUGCUCAGAUGACCACAUCUGCUUUGUGCUUUAGUUUAAGGCAUUUGGCCUUGCGUUUGUGUGUGUGUGUGUUUUUAUGUGUAUCUUAGACAUUAGAUAUCAGGACUGAUAUCAACUAGUGUUUAACAAACCCUUCACAUACAGAGGUUUACUUUGUGUCUGUUGUUUCUAACUUAAAACCACAAAUUUAAAAAGUUACAAACAUGACAAAUCGUAAAUGACUUAGAAGUUCAGCCUUUUAACUUUCUCUAAAUAUUAGUAUUUGUAUCUAGAUUACAUUAAAUCAGCCUAACAUUUUACAGAUACAGACAGACAGACAGACAGACAGUAUUUAUUUUGUUGUAUUAAUUAAAAAAGAGAAGUUAAUCAAAGAAUUUAAGCUUAUAGAAUGCAUAAGCUGGGAAAUAUAAUUACAUUUAAGGCUUAAUUUUAUUAUUACAUGAAAUACCCUGACUAAGAUAAAGAGCUCUUUAUCUUUGACAAGAUAAAGAGCUUCUGUAAACUCCAUUCAUUAAGACCCCAGGUUGGGACUCAAACCCAGGACCUUCUAGUUGCAAGCCAACAGUGCUACCAACCACACCACUGAGUUCAGCUAUAUUUAUAUAGCACAAAUUCACAAUAAAUGUCAUCUCAAAGGCACUUUACAAAAUCUCUUUUCAAUUUAAUCACAAAUACAUUCGAACUGAUUCUAGUUAUUAAACAGUACAGUAUGCUCAAAUAGUUAUUCACUAAAGUUUAAAAAGUUUCUAUCUAAUAAAACCCUGCAGAUUGCAUCGAGUCAUUGACUUGCAGUAUUAACUCUUCCUAGACCAGCAUGUAGCAACAAUCGCAUGUACUGUGUUGAUGAUUUUACAACAAUCCCUCGUACUGAGCAUGAAUGUAGCAACAGUGGAGUGGAAGAACUGCCCUUUGACAAGAAGAAACCUCCAGCAGAACUUGGCUUAGUCCAAAUGACCCUGUGCCACGACCCACUGGGGGUUUGAGAAGACACAGCAGAGACACAAAAAAGAAACAAAUGAGCUAAUGUAGGAUUGUUUUUAAUUUUCAUUAAAGUAACACGUUAAUAGCAGGAGAGGGAGUUGAUGGAAGCAUUAUCUCAGCUAAUUCCCUCCUCCAGGAAGGUAUCACAGCUGUUGCGCCUUUGGCUACAAAAACUGCCAUCAGGCGAUUCCAGUAACUGGUAAUAAAUCUUUAAAUCUCUGAAGAAGAACUUUGGCCAACCCUUACUUCUUUCUAUAAAGGUUUUAAUUUAGUCACGUUGUAAAAUUUAGAGCAAAAUUAGCCUCCUUAAAGUAAUUCCAGACCACCUCAGUUGAUUUCACUUCAUACAUACACUUCAUUUUAAUAACUUGAUUACUUGAGUUUAAGUUCACAAACUCAUGGACAUUCCUCUAAAGGAUUCCUGGUAAAGAGUAGUAUUUAUUGGUUCAUAAAAUAUGGUGAGUCAGGUAAAACAGCAAAGCAGCCCCAGACCAUCACAUCACCUUGUUUCAAUGGAGGGAUGUUGCUUUUUUUAAUGCUUUGUCAGUUCUGAUGUAACUAGAAAUGCAGCUAUGUCAUUCUUUGUAAUGUUUCCUGGUUGUUCCAUAUUCUCUGAAUUAGUCAUUAAUAGCUCCAGCUGAGGUUUACUGGAGUCUCAAAGCCUUAGAAAAGCAUUUGUAAGAUUUUCCAAACUGCUAUAUACUAAUGACUGUUUGCUAUCUUUCUGGGCAAGUUAGAAAAUAAUAUGUUGUUCUUUGAGAUCCACCUGCUGCUUGUUGCCAGAAAUGUUUUAUUUAGCUGAUUUUCUAAUUCUACAGGUCUGACAAGAGUCAGGCCUUGAUGUGUAAUGUGGCAAAACACGUUACUAUUUCAGAGUAUUAUUUUGAUUUGAAAAGCUUUUUUGCUUGAUAAAUAAGCACAACUUGAAUACAUGUUCCUUCAGUCACUCAGUUGUAGCCUGAUGUUAAAAUGUUUUGCUCAAAAACAUUCAUUUCAAUAUUACCUUUACUUAACUCUUGUCAUAUGAUCACUCUUUCAUAAAGCCAGGUCUGGGUGCUGCAUGACAGAGAGCUCUUAUAAACAAAUUAUAUUCUCAGCACACUACUUGUAUUCAUUGUAAAUGUUUUCUGAUUUGUGUAUUUUGAGUCUUUGGGGGUGAAAAUUAUGUUCUUUCACAUUAACUUGUAUUAAAUGUAUUGUUUCAAAGGAGGUUAGAAAGUUACGGAAGAGGCACGGACUGAAAAUACUUUUCCAUAAUACAAGAUAAAAAUAAUUUAGGAAAUAAUAAUUUAUUUGGAACUGUUAGAUUAGAAAAAAAUUAAUUUCUUUGUACUAUUCAUAGUGGAUAGUUUAGGUUUUGUUAUGGAUGUUUGGCUUUGUGUUAAAAUUUACAUCACAAAAGUACUUUAAAAUUUGCAAUCAGUCAUUCCUCUGUUGGCUACAAAUCCAACACAGCAGCACUAAGACAACUACACUGCUACAACUUAGUGAAGAUGCCACAUACUAGGUCACAUGUAACCAGCACAUAUUAGGCUAAACAAUAAUGUCACAAAGUGUAGUUUUCAAAAAGAAAAAACAUCACAUCUGGGCACAAUUGUGUCAAAUUCUUACAAAUAUCACAUUUGGAAUCAGUUCUUUCGGUUUUUAUCAGUUUAACAUAAUGAAGUGGGAGCACAAAUAGUUCAGUACAGCUAAAUGCAUUAUCAUCUGUUUUGUAGAAGAAGUUCCAGUGAACUGGAAGUUGAUAGUUGAAAUCCACUUUGACCCUUUGAAAAUAGAGAUGAUUAUCUUUCCCUAUCACUAUGAAAAGGUAUUUGAAUGUACUUUCUUCUGCAAAGGUUAGUAACAAGAGGUAAGUCAGUGUUACAACAACACUUACCUGUCAUUGUUGAAGUGGAAUGGACAUUUUGUAUGUUUUUUAACCAAACCUGGGUAUAUUUUUAAAUACGUUAUGCAUAUGUUGUAUUCUGUUUUGUACUUUAUAUUCCAUGUCAAUUGCCCUAAAUAAACAGCACUUUUCUUGAUUUGA